CUUUUGACCUCAAAUUUUGGGAAGAAAUUUGAAUAAAGCUAAGAGCUUUUAUGUUUUGUAAUGUAUUCAAAACAUUAUAAAAGCAAAUGUCUUUUGCAUAAUGAUGACUCGAGAAUGCGACGAGUGUAUUUACACAGUUCAGAAGUUGUGAAAACUCUGGCAGAAAGCCGUUUAAAGUUGGGAUAAAUAAGUUUGAAGUGUCUCUAUAUACGGUACAUGUCGAGGCUUGUAGCCAGUGUUAUUGUCUAGUUUAAACUAGCCUGGCAAAAUGUCUAGGGAAGUACUGUUGGAUUUGGGCUUUCUCACCGAAGAUGAACGGGAUUUAAUAAACAACGUCAUUUCUAAAGAUGCUGAAAUAAGAAAAGCAGAACAGGGUCGGAUUGGGUAGGUCUACAUUUAUAGCUGCGACAAAGUUAGCCAAGUCAACUAUUGAGAAAGGUUUUGACCAGCUUGUGGCUAAAAAUGAAUGUUUAUCUGAUUAUGUGAUAUCUUAAAGCUUUAAUGGCUGACGAGAAUUUUAAUGUAAUCAAGUGAAUUUGCCUGUUUUUUUAUUUUAGUUCUCUGAGAAAGGAAUUGGACGAGCUCAAGGAGAACGGUCUGUCAGAAGACGAACUCGAAUCGAAGAACGAAAAAUAUUGUGCCAGGUGUCAGACAUAUUUCGGAAUAAUUUUGAAUCGGGGAGCCUAUUGUCCACGAUGUGAGCUUAAAGUUUGUAAAGUGUGUCGAGUUAAUGACAUCGAUGAUGGCUGGAUCUGUACUCUGUGCAAUAAAGUCAGGUAAUAGCUGUGAAAUCUCUAUGAUUCUCAUCUUUGAAUGUCUUUAGAAAUCAUUAAACAUUUAUACUAAUGCUUUAUAACCGCAUGUCGCUGUUUUUGGUUUUGUUUGUAUUCGUAUAUUGCGGUGAAAAUUAAAAUAGAUUCAAUAUUGAAAUUGCUUCUAGUAUAUGAAACUGUAUAUUGCCCAGGACUUAAAAAUAUUUAUAACUAUACAUCAAUAUAAAACAUUUUACGAUCAAGUUUUACUAUAGUAAUAUAUUCCGUAAAAACAAACAUAUUUCUUAGGCAGAGGCGUUGCCCUAACACUUUAAUAUUGCAAUUAUCUUCUAAGAUAAACACACAGUUGGAAUUCUUAAUCGUUUUGUGUUUUUAAUAAUUGUUUUUUUCUUAAUUUGGAGACAUUGCAGCCAAAAAUCAUUUUUGUAAUUUUUAGUCGAUUCUUUGAAAGAUGUAAAUUAUGAACACAUGCCUUUUGAACUUUGCAUAACACUUGAAUUUAACAAUAGUGGUUCCAGUGACCACAUUGUUCCAUUAUCUUUUCAUUGUUUUGAAAAUCCCACUGUUCUCCAUGUCAUCCAGCCAUUAUUUUGAAAUAAUUGUGACACUAUCUCAUCCCAAUCAGAAUUCUUGCCCCUAAUGAGAUUAUAAAACACUCGUUUUCGAGCAUUGCACUUCAGUAUUAAAGCCUUUAUUUACUAAACUACCAAAAAUGGGCAAUUCUGUGCUUGUGAUAUAAAGGACUUUUGUAUUCACUCCACUAGGGUAUCAAUGAAUAAUACAUGCAAUUGCUUGUUUCAAUCAUUCUGUCACAUGUUUGAAUAAUUAGUAAGGGAGUGAUUGUUUGGACAAACAGACAUGCCAACCUUUGCCUGAAGAAAAUAUGGAAAUUAAGAAAAAUCCCAUAAAUAAUCUGGAGGUUUUUGGGUGGAAAACUGAGAAAAAUUCAUAAAUUUAUUUAGCUCGUUAAGUUGCAUUUUGUCCUAAUGGGCCUUACUUUAUUAUUUUAUUCUGUCUAAUGCCAGAUCAUUUUAAUUGUCACGGGAAGAGCACUGGUACUCAAUGAAUUAAAGAGUUAUUGAUCAAAUAGUUUUGACUAACCAGCGGAUGCCCAACACUUUCCCUUUACAAGAAAAGUUGUUUGUUAAUGAAUAAAAAUAAGGGUGCGUUUCAGGUAAAUGGGUUAACAGGAGACAUGGAAAGAUGUCUGGUUAACUCGUUGACGACCAACACUUUUCUCUUGACAAGUAAAAUUUCUCACUGUUGUAGGGAGGUGAAAGCGCAGUCAGGAGCUUGGUUUUUCCAAGGUCACAAGGAAAAAAAUGGCAAUCUCUUUGGUAGUUUGCUAGUCAGGCAGUCAUUACGAAGACUUCCUGGAAUUCAGCCAAAAGGUUGGUCAUUGUAUUCUAUUGAGAUCAGUGUCCUUCACAGGGGUUGUUGCAGCCUUUGACAGUCCAGUUUAGGUGUGAUAGGCUUUUCAAGCAUUUUUACAAAGGUUGAAAAAGUUACUAUCCGGUGGAUAGGUCAAUCUGGCAUUCGCACAUCCGGCCCCUGUACAAUAAAAUACUCUUGCAUAAAGUUUGAAAUAUUUACAGUAAAGAAUUUAAGUCAAGAUAUAUCUCUCCCAAAGGACACAAAGAACCCAGUAAUCCUUUCAUAGAAGAUGAAGAACCCAGUAAUCCUUUCAUAGAAGAUGAAGAACCUAGUAAUCCAUUCACAUCAGGCAAUCGUGGCAGAAGUUCUGAGAGAUUAUCUGGGCAAGCGGAUCUAAAUUCUAACCAGUGAGUACUCAAACCAUGUAUAGUAUACAGUAGAAUGCUAUGCAGGGGCGUAGGAACCGGGGGGGGGGGGCAUGUGCCCCCCAAAUUUUUUCAAAGGACUAAAAGUGCCCUUUUUUGUGAUGAAAAGUGCCCUUUUUGUACAAGGUAAUGUCGCUGUAAAUACUAAAUUAACAUCAGAGGUGCCCUUUUUGUUUGGAAAUUUCCAUAUUUAAAAAACAAAAAAAUGGUCAAAAACGUGCAAUUUUGGUAUGGUAUGACGGGAAAAAAUUUUCUCUUCCCCCCGUCACCAACAUUUCUGGGAAAAAAUUUUUAGGUGCCCUUUUUUCAAUAUCUAUCCUAAAGUGCCCCUGGAAGCCGGUGCCCCCCCCAAUCAUUAGAUGCUUCCUACGCGCCUGAUGCUAUGUAUGACUAUGAGGCAGUGCCUCGUUCCUAUGAAUCUUCUAUAGAUCUAUGUAUUUACACUACACAACGUUUCCUAAACUAAAACUAUCACAUACAACCUGCUUACAAUCGGAGUUGUACCAUGUAAAUGAAGCACAAAACUCGCUCAUGUUAUUUUAGGUGAGUUCUGCUUUUUUUUACAAAGUACAAGUCAAGUUGUAUGCAUGGUUGCAUGUAAGCAGGUUUUAGCCAAAAGUGUCUAAAUUGUUCUUAAUAUCACAUCCUUGUGUUUUAGAGCUAAAUGGAAUGGUGGUCACAAGAUGGGUUACCAAUAUUCAGAUGAUUCUGAUGAAGAUAGUGAACAGAGAAGCCGUGAUGGCAGUUUAGAGUAUAAACAUGAUGAUACUGCUUCAGAUAGAACUCUCUCCAAAGGUUAGUGUCAUAUUUUUUGCCAAAUGAAUAUAUGGUAUUUUGAUCAGGUCAUCCUGGGAAUGGUGUAUAACCACAUGUGCACACUUCAAGUGGCGAACAAGGCACACUCCUCAGCUUAUCCAGAAGUGUGAUUUAUUGGAUGCCUCAUUUAAGCUGCCAAGCAAAAUAUAUCUACAAAGUGAUUUAAUUUAAAUAAACUGUUUGCUUGGCAACAACAUAUACUGUAUACUUAGUGAAAAAACUACGUGUAAUUAAUUGCAAAAAUUAGUUGUAGGUCUUGCAGUAAUGAAAUGCCCAGUGUAUUCAGCAUGAAAAAUUAUUACAAGCCCAUGCAAUGAGUUAUUGUGCCCCGACUCUUUCCUUCCUGGGAUGGCCUGCUUCAUCAUUGUCCAGAACUUCGAAUUAGAAAAGCUUUGACUCUGGAAGUAUACAAUUAUUAACAGCAUAGACUUAAAACUGCUAAUUUAAUAUAACAUAAAAUUAAAUAUAUAGAAGGUGCUUAUACUUCAUUAGAAUUUAAUAAAAUUGGCGGAGGAUUAUAAACUCAUUGGAUAUCUAAGAACAUUCAACCAAACUCUCACUACUCAUCUCAUCUAUACCAACUCAAGCAAGCAACAUUUUCUUUCAAAUUAAAAUUGUCAGGAAAAGCAAAUCGAUUAGCACAGUGGGUAGUUUCAUUGGCAUUGACUAGAACUUAUUAUUUGGAGUGAAUUUAACGCAAAAUUCAACGUUUAAAUUUAAUAACACUUAAUGACAGUUUAAAUGAAUGAAUUAAAAAUAUAAUUUAAACGGAAUGUUAAAAUCUAAAAAUCUCGAACAUUAAUCCAGUCGUUAAACUUUGACAGUCAAACUGUCCGAUAAGCUCAUUCCAUAAGCUACCCUUUCCCUUUAUGGUAGGUGAGUCGGACAGUAGUGAGAGUUUGGAUUCUGAUCACGAUGUAACCUUAGCAACCAAUGCUGAUGAGUUGAGUCCAGUGGCAACUCGUGAAAUGGCAUUGCGAGCGAAACCUAACACAGCCAAGCGGGAUGGACACAGUGGUGGUAAUGUAGAACAACAAGGGUUGCCUAAAGACACUGAGUAUGAAUUUGGGAUAUCUAAGGAUACGCAAGAUAUUCGUGACCGACCACCAAGCUUCAAUCAGAAUGCUCAUCAAAGCGGUGGUAAUAUUGUACAGAAAAAGCUCGUGGGGUACACUAAGAGUGAUGAAGGGACAAUUAGGAAUACACAGAAAGUUCGCAGUCGACCUGGAAGCUUAAGCCUGGAUGAAGAUAUGUCGUACGUUUCUGCCCCAAGGUUUAAUAUUCCACUCAAGCGUCGACAGUCUUCUGGCAGUCUACCAAUAUCUGAAGCGCGAUCUGAUGAAGGAUUUGAAAAACAUCGCUGUAGGUCUGAGGAAUAUUUGUCGAAGAGUGAAAGAAUGUUGGAUAGGAAUGAACCUUCAGCUGAUGUUAUCAUUGCAUGUAAGAAAACCAGAGAUGAAAUAAAAGAUCAAAACAUAUCCGGUACUCUUGAAGAUGUGUUUGGAACAGGAGAGUCUAAUUAUAAAGAUAUUGAAAUUGAUUUGAAAGAUGAAAAUAAGGGUGAUUUGUUUGAUAUGAGAGACGAGCUCAGUGCUGAUGAUAUUUCUCCUGAGGCUGAGUCAGAUGAAGAAACUCAGGACGAUGACGGAAGACUUGAGUUUAGCAUACAUGAAGAUACAGUUUGUAAAGAAAGCGGGAUCGUUGUCGAGAGUUCACCUGAAAUUCUUAGUGAGAAUUUCAGUGCUGAUAACAUUGCUGCUGAGCUUGAUAUGGAUGAAUUCACUCGGGACGAUGAUGAAACAGCGCACAAAGAAAGUGGAAUAGUAGUUGAUAGUUCACCUAAUGUAGACCAGCCUAAGCAGUUGUCAGAACAGGAUUUUGAGAUCCCGAGCACAGAUGAGAAAAGAAAAGGCAGUUAUGAUGAUUCCAUUUCGGAUAGUGAUGCUAGGCAAAACGGGCUUGCGAGUGAUCUUCCUAGCAGUGUAUUGCUGAAAAUGAAAACAGUCCCGGAAAUGUUGUUGGAGACAUUGAUGAAAUACAGAGGUAUUGUCUGUGUUCUCGAGAGUAAAAAACUGGGAAAGAAGAUCAACUGAAGAUCGUUUUGGUGUAGAUGUCAAAGAAGAAAAUAGGAAGAGUUUUAAUAAUCAAGGUGGUGAAACAAUAAAGACAAGUAUGAAAUUACGAUAGAUUCAAGUGAAAAUAAUAAAGAAAUUGCGGUGCCUGCAGCUGCCGAACGAGUUGAAGACACAGAGCACAGACAAACUCGAGACCUUUCACCGGUGGGCAAUGCAUCCGUUGACGAUAUGCCAUUCAUCAAUGAGGGUCCAUCAGAAAGUGUUGAUAAAGAGCCUAGUCCCUCGCCAGAGGUUUUGCAAACAUCAGGUGAUUUGGAGAUGGAGUUACAACGGGGUUCUUCUUAUGAAAAGAAUGACAUAAGCUUGGAUAAGAUCAGCCCAAGUGAGGUCAUGCAAGAUGAGUUUCCAUCUGAAAACAUCACAGUGGAAACAUCUACGAAUUCAGGGAAAACUGAGAUGGAAUUACAGCAGGAAUCUGACGAUGACACAAGCUCAGACAACGUGAACCCAAGCGAAGCCAUUCUAGAUGAGGUUCCAUCUGAGAACAUCACAGUGGAAACAUCUCUAAAUUUAGAGAAAACUGAGAUGGAAUUACAGCAGGAAUCUGACGAUGACACAAGCUCAGACAACGUGAACCCAAGCGAAGCCAUUCUAGAUGACUUUCCAUCUGAGAACAUGGCAGUGGAAACAUCUCUAAAUUUUGAGAAAACUGAGAUGGAAUUACAGCAGGAAUCUUACGAUGACAUAACCUCAGACAGCGUGAAUCCAGGUGAGGCGAUGCAAAAUUAUUCCCUACCUAAACACAUAACGACACCAGUUUACGAAAUGCAAGUCGAAGAUUCAGAAUCCAAAACCGCGCAAGGUUUGACUGUAUCUUUAAAGGAAGAUAUUCCUGAAGAGGAGGAAUCCAGUAUAAAUUCUGAACUUAAAUCCGAGUUUAAAUCUAAUCUUGACUUUAGUUCUUCAAAUAGUGAUAGUAGUCUUAAAACAGACGUCAAUUUAACCACCAGCUCAUCUUUAAAAUCUGAUACAUUUGUAGACAAUGAAGUACCGCGCAUGUCGGCGCACUUAGAGAAAGAAAAGACCGGGACCAGCCCCUCUGACUCGGAGGAUGAUGUACACAAGUUUGACGAGAAAGAAAAGACCAGCCCCUCUGACUCAGAGGAUGAUGUACACAAGUCUGACGAGAAAGAAAAGACCAGCCCCUCUGACUCAGAGGAUGAUGUACACAAGUCUGACGAUGAAACAAAACCACUCCGAGAUCUUGAGAUUCGUACAGAUCUAGAAAUGUCGGCAACUAAUCAAGACACCCGCCCGGAGCCACAUACUUCUGAAACAACUGUGGUCCAGUCCGCAAAUGAAGAAGAGCCCGCAUCACCGGAAAGCCGCAUUAACGCCAUGCGCGCAUUCUCAGAAGCCUUUGCUACCACGAAUCUCGGCAUGAAAGGACACGAGUCGCACGAGGAUCGAGAAAAGCACGAGGAUCAUGGAUAUCGCGAAGAAAGUGGACACCACGAAGAUUCUGAAACACGCGAGGAUCGUGACACCUACGAAGAUCGUGACACUCGCGAGGAUCGAGAACACGUCGAGGACCAAGAAACUCGUGAGGAUCGUGGGUAUCACGCGGGUCAAUACGCUCCCGAGGAACGUGGAUCUAGUGAGGACGCUCGCGAGGAUCGUGGAUAUCGCGAGGAAAACGUGGGGCCAGACUCCCGAAGAUCGUCCGACCUUCAUUACGAAGGAUUUCAUGGCGACAAUGAGUCGAUGAUUUCUGAGACAUCUGGUUACGGGACACCGAGCGCUAGUGAAGACACGAGUUCUAAACGAACACCUUCAAUUUCAGGUGAUGAAGGAAUGAACACUCCCACAGAAGAAGCCAGGCGACUGCCUUCGGUGAGUACAAGUGUAAAUUCUUCAUUUCUUUUGGGAACCUUUCUAAUGUCAUGGAUACUAUGUCCCAUUAGUCUCCAUAUUAGAGAGGUCCAACCGUAAUCAUAAGGUGAUACAAAUUCUCUGAUAUGCCUGCACGCACACUCUAUGG